GAAAACGGCCUUCACCUUUAUUGCCUUUUGCAGAUGAUUGGAAACAACAAAAAUGUCAGCUCUUUUAAAACAUGUUUCUAAUGUGUUGCCGAGAGUGUCAAGCGCCGGUGGUCGGCGAAGUUUCUUCAUUUAUUCCCCAAAUGCACUGACGCCGCAGGUCGAUCGUCAACCGAAGUGGACAACAGCGGAGGAGGCAGUGCAGGGAAUCAAAAGUGGCCAGAAGGUUUUUGUUCAUGGCUGUGCUGCGACGCCAAACUUCCUGCUGGAACAUCUCACAAAGUACGGGAAGACUGCGGGUCUAAAGGAUGUACAGUUGAUUCAUAUCCCCACUGUCGGCCCAGCUCUUUAUAAUGAGCCAGAAUAUGAAGGUAUAUUCCGCUCCAACUCUUUGUUCAUUGGUCAGAACUGCAGAGAGGCUAUUGCCGCAGGCCGCGCUGAUACUGUUCCGAUCUUUCUCAGUGAAAUUCCUCUGCUGUUCAGAAGAAAAAUAUACAAACUUGACGCGGUGUUGAUUCACGUGAGUCCACCGGAUCAGCAUGGCUUCUGCUCGCUGGGAACCAGCGUGGACUGCACCAGGGCUGCAAUCCAGCACGCCACAUACAUCAUAGCCCAGGUGAACAAGCAGAUGCCUCGCACGCUGGGAGACAGUCUCAUCCACAUGUCUCACAUUGACUGCAUGGUGGAGCAUGACACGCCCCUGCCGGAGAUAGCCCCCAUCAUCCGCACACCAGAGAUCAACGAGAUUGCUAGACUGAUCGCAGAUAACCUUGUUGAAGACGGGGCAACAUUACAGACAGGUAUAGGUAAUCUGCCUGAUGCUGUCCUACACAAGCUCUACAAUCAUAAGGACCUGGGUUUCCACUCUGAGAUGAUCAGUGACACAGUUGUGAAUCUGGUUGAAAAGGGAGCACUGACAAACGCCAAGAAAAACAUUCAGACUGGAAAGAUUGUCUGCAGUUUUGCUAUGGGAACUAAGAAAUUGUACUCAUUCUUGGAUGAUAACUCGUUUGUUGCUUUCCAUGAGUGUGACUUCACUAACAACAUAUCCCUGAUCAGCCAGAACCCUCGUGUUACCAGUAUCAACACCUGCCUUGAAAUCGACCUAACUGGUCAGGUGUGCUCAGACUCCCUGGGCACUUAUAUGUACUCAGGUUUCGGAGGUCAGAUAGACUUUGUGCGAGGUGCGGCCCUGAGUUUGGAUGGUGAAGGCAAGCCCAUCAUUGCUUGCACCUCCACUACUGAUGAGGGCAUCUCAAGAAUCGUACCAACCUUGAAAGAAGGUGCCGGUGUUGUGACUACGCGUGCUCACGUUCAUUACAUAGUCACGGAAUAUGGCAUUGCAUACUUGUUCGGCAAAAAUCUCCGGCAGAGGGCUUACGAACUCAUUAAGGUUGCUCACCCGUCACAGAGGGAAGGGCUUGAGAAAGCUGCAUUCGAGCGUUUCAAGUGUGUGCCUUCGCCAUAAUGUUGUCUUUUAAAAAUUGUAAACUAUUGUAUAUAAGAGUCUUCUGGAGAAAGAGUUAUUUAGUUUGUGUUUAUGAAACAUAUGGAAAAUAUUUGCAAUAUGCAGUUAUGUGCUUGGUUGUAUUUGUAAAAAAUGAGCUUUUGUUUUCAUUGAGAAUCAUGGAAACAAUCUUAUACUUAUCUUCCUUAUCAAUAUUCUGUAUUUUAAGUUGUAAGUUUGGUCUCUUUCCUGGCAGUAAUGAUGGGAAAAUUUUUAAUGAAGAAAAAGUAUGUUUAUUCACUUUGAAUAAAAUUAUUUUUUAACGUCAUACUUCUUUGUCACUGCAAAGUGUACUGUUCACAACUAUUAAUGAUAUUAUUAAUGGACAUUUUUUUUUUAUAUCAGCAUGUGCCAUAGGGGAUGUUACAUUUUAGUAAGUGUGCAAGUAUUUUAAAUAAUUACAUGUAUGUCUUAACCUUCAAGGCUACAAACAUUAUCACUUUUUUGUUGAAAUUAUUUAUAAAUUAAACAUUCUACAUGUCAACAAGUAUUAUUACAAUUCAUGUUGAAAUGGUAUUUCAUGGUUUGCGAAUUAAUUGUUUAAAGGGGUUACUGAACAUCCUUUGUAACUUGUUCUGUAUUUGUAAACAAGUUAUUUGAAAUUUUGAGACGUUUUUUACAAUACUUUUUUUGUGUAAAAAUUUAAUAUCUAACAACAAUGUCUUUAUCGCUCUGUACUUGUAGAACAUGUUGGUAUUCAUUUCAUUUUAUUAUUCCUCACGUUUAUUCACAAUUCUAAACUCCCAUAGGCCAUCGUGACACAGAAAUACUGAUAGACCUAGCGGGAAAACAAUUACUGUCCAAAAAAUACUGUCGCCCGCUACCUUAGCAAUCACGUGCCACCAGCGGGAAAAAAUGUACUGUCCAAAACAUAAUGUCGCCCGCUACCUUAGCAAUCACGUGCGGAAUGGUAAAAAAUUAUACUGUCCUAUUCGUGCAUGCGCAGUACGCAGUUUUGCAUUUCCGUUGUAUUUGGAUAAUUAAAAUAUCGAUUGCAGUUGAAACUGUGCUGUAGAACAGAUUAAUGCCAUUAUUUAAGCUUUGACAGGAGUCAUAAAAAAUCAAUUAAGAAUAAACGACACGCUUACCUCAAUGGCAACUUUAAUCCAAUGCUAAUAACAAUAAAGAUACAACGAUAUACACUUCAUGUGUCUGUUCUUAAGGUGUAAUGCAUGACAAACCACAGGAGUUUGAAAUUCUAUCCACAAAGCUAAUCUAAUGGCUAAAUAAAAAAAUAUACCCCUAUAUAGUAGUCUUUCUACUAUAUAGGUUUUUAACCAGGUUUUCCGAAGGAAAAAACUGGUUAUUAGAUUGGCGAAUGCGGGCGGGCUGGCUGGCUGGCUGGCGGGCGGGCGGAACAAGUUUGUCCGGGCCAUAACUUUGUCGUUCAUUGUAAGAUUUUAAAAUCAUUUGGCACAUUUGUUAACCAUCAUUAGACGGUGUGUCGCGCGAAAAAAUUACGUCAAUAUCUCCAAGGUCAAGGUCACACUUUGAGUUCAAAGGUAAAAAAUAGCCAUAAAUGAGCUUGUCUGGGCUAUAACUAUGUCAUUCAUUAUGAGAUUUUAAAAUCAUUUGGCACAUUUGUUCACCAUCAUAGGACGGUGUGUCGCACGAAAGAAUCACGUCAAUAUCUCCAAUGUCAAGGUCGCCACGACUAAAAAUAGAUUUAUUUUAAAACAAACUUACAAAGGGGGUUGAUUUUGUUUGUUCAUUUCAAAAGUUCAGUUUGAGUUGUCUCCCUUUAUCAGAUUUUUUUUCACAAUGAAAACCUGGUUUUGUGACAAUUUUGUCCCUUGUUUUAUUUAGCCAUUAGAUUAGCUUUAUGGAUAGAAUUUCAAACUCCUGUGGACAAACACACAAUCCGAAAUACGUUUUGGAUUCGUUCGAUGCUUUAAACAAAUAUUUUACUGUUAAAAAACCACCACGUCCAUCAUGUCCUAAAAUAUUUCGUCACCGGAAUGACUUCACACGAGUACGUCAUAAAUUGCGUAAUCAAGUAUUAAAACUAAAAUACGGUAGGCUGGUUCGGUAAUACAUUUUUAAAGAAAUAAUUGAAGACUAAGGAAAUUGAUUGGAUAAAUCGAUUACUUGAUUUAAAUCGAAUAAAGGGAAGUUCAUUUUCCUCGGCCCGAAAAUCUGAACCACUCAACAUAUUUAUGGUUGUUCAUUGUUGAAAUUAAAUACAAUUAGUGAAUAUUAAAAUUGUUCAUGGGUCAUAUAAAUUGUUCGUGUUUGAAUAGUGUGUUCGGUAUAAUAAAAUAAAUAUUACAUGUCUGACAGGGUGACAGUAAAUUUGUCAACUUUCGGAAAAAUACUGUCAACCUUGGCUUCGCCUCGGUUGACAGUAUUUCCUCAAGUUGACAAAUUUACUGUCAUCCUGUCAGACAUGUAAUAUUUAUAUAAUUUACCAUGCGUGUUUUAUAUGCGCAUUAGGCUAUGGGUGCUUGUUGAUGUGAAUGAUUUCAUUUGUAAACAGUGGUCUGUAUGUACAAAUGUGUAAUAUUGUUACUCAAAUGUAACAUACUUGCUGUGCAUGUAUUACCCGGUAUACUUUUAAAUUGAAACUAUAUAAUCAUAAAGUAAGUUAUUACUGUUUACACUCAGUUUUAGAUAGAUAUGAAUUGGGAGAUUCACGUGAUGUUAAUACAUUUUUAAUAGAAACUGAUAAAUUAGUAAAUUAGUUGAUUUGUAUUUAUAUACAUGUUUUGGCAAACAGGAACAAUUCAUAUUACCAUGCGGAAAGCGAAGGAAGUUUGAAACACAUGUGUUCACAAAUGCUCUACUAAAAUAUGGUCAUUUCUACCAGCCAUACUGUUGAGUUUGCUUUUCGGUGAUACGGUUCAGAUGUAGGCCCACUGAUUACAUUAUUUUUGCUUUGAAAUGAAAGUCAGCUAUGGUUACUGCCUCUAGUUUUGACCCAGUGUUACACCAAUGGUGUUACAAGUAAAAACUUGGCCAUGCUAUUAAUGCUGUUUCAAGUAAAAAAUAAGAUAUCAUGCAAUAAAUGGUGUCACAAGUAAAAAUUGUUCAUGCUAUGACUUGUGUCACAAGAAUAAAUAGGUCAUGCUAUGAAUGGUGUCACAAGUAAAAACUUAGUCAUGCUUCAAAUGUUGUCACAAGUAGAAACUUUGUAAUUCUAUGAAAUGAAUCACAUGUAAAAAUUGGUCAUGCUCUGAUUGUUGAAACAAGUAAAUUUAGUCAUUCUAUGAAUGGUGUCACAGGAAAUCUUUGGUCAUGAUGUAACAAGUUAACUUUGUCAUCUAUGAAUGAUGUAACAAGUAAACCUGGUCAUUCUCACAACGUAGUUUUUGAUUUCUAUCUCAUUAAUAAUUCUAAAAUACUUGUGUCUGGUUUGUAAUGCACAUCCUUACUUAAAAAUAUAUACAACUUGAAAUUCAGCCGCACCUACAUGGAAUUAUCAGUGCAGGUCCUUAAUUUAUAGCGGAAUGAAAAGACUCAAGCUUAAAGAAAAUAACAAAACACACACUUAUAAUGCCCUGGUCUGCUGGAGUGUAUUGACAACGAUUAUCGGAAUUACAAACCGAUGAUUAAUUCCCCAAUAACAAACACUUAACUGUGAAUUACAUUUGUUUAUCGAAUCACGAAUGUAAUUUUAAUUCAGUAUUAAAGCCAUGUUUAAUCUA